AUGGUCGCCGGUGUGAGGUUACUCGCAUACGGACGGUUAGCAGUCAGAGCAGUUUUCUCAGCAAGUGCUCUUGAUCUUGGCGCAGCUGUAGGUCCAGAAGCAAUCAGUACUGGUAGACGAGGUCUCUCGAGUAGUUCUUCAAAGCCAGCAAAGCCAUCAAAUGAAGGAUCAUCCUCACCAGCCAGCAGUGCACACGUAGAGAAUGUGAUUGCCAGUUGCGCAGGAUUCCCAAAGGAUAUGCUCAAUGGUCCAUCUACAGUACUCGACAAGGGCGUAUAUGGUGAUGACGCCUGGUUUAUUUCAAGAUUCAAGAACACAUUUGUAGUUGGAGUGGCAGAUGGUGUUGGUGGAUGGAGAAAAUAUGGAAUCGAUCCAUCUGCAUUUUCUCGAAGACUAAUGAAAGAGUGUGAGAAACGUGUGCAAGGAGGAGAAUUUGAUCCAAAAAGGCCCGACUCACUGCUAGAUUUUGCAUUUAGAGCAUCUGCCGAGGCGCCGAGGCCUGUUGGAUCUUCAACAGCAUGCGUUCUUGUUGUUCAUCAAGAAAAGUUGUAUUCGGCGAAUCUUGGAGACUCUGGAUUCAUGGUCGUUCGAAACGGAAAGGUCAUUUCUAAAAGCCGCGAACAAGUGCACUAUUUCAAUGCUCCAUUCCAACUGACACUCCCACCAGAGGGAUACCAAGGAUUCAUUGGAGAUAGGGCGGAUAUGGCUGAUAAAGAAGAGAUGGAUGUGAAGAAAGGAGAUAUCAUCCUCCUGGCCACAGAUGGUGUUUGGGACAAUUUGAGUGAAAAUCAGGUGCUCGAUCAGUUGAAGGCGUUGAAUGAGGGAAAGGGAAAUGUUCAAGAAGUUUGUAAUGCAUUGGCUCUCACAGCACGCAGGUUAGCAUUCGACUCGAAGCACAACAGCCCGUUUGCUAUGAAGGCCCGUGAACACGGAUUUUUAGCUCCAGGAGGGAAGCCAGAUGAUAUCACUCUUGUGCUUCUUCUCAUCGCUUAA